UUAUUUCUUUGUGUGUUUUUUGUAAGAAGUUGGAAAUAAAAUCCGCACUUCUUCAUAUUGGACGAUUUUUGUUUUAAAUAUUAUUUUAAAGCAAAAUAUCUGAACUCGCUCACAUGAUGGAGGAGGAUAGCGUACCCCCGAUUGACCCAGAUUUCGAGCCGCAGAGCAGACCGAGGUCGUGUACUUGGCCGUUGCCUAGACCCGACAUCUCAGCUGUCAAACCCGAGGCGGCAGACGGCGCCGAGUCGACAGCGGGAACCCCGCCCGCCGAGGAAGACAAGCAUGAGCCUCAGCCAGUCACGUCCGAGCCCGAGAAAGUGGUCGUCACCGAGGGCGGGCUCGCGGCCGGACUGGGCGGGGCCACGCCCAGAAAAGGGUCGUCGCGGCGAAACGCCUGGGGCAACCAGUCCUACGCGGAUUUGAUCAGCCAGGCCAUUGAAAACUCGCCCGAGAAGCGCCUCACCUUGGCACAGAUCUACGACUGGAUGGUGAAAACGGUGCCCUACUUCAAAGACAAAGGAGACAGCAACAGUUCAGCUGGGUGGAAGAACUCCAUCCGCCACAACCUGUCCCUGCACAACAAGUUCCUGCGCGUGCACAAUGAGUCGACGGGCAAGAGUUCGUGGUGGAUGCUCAACCCGGAGGGCGGCAAGACGGGCAAGGCCCCGCGCCGGCGCGCCGCCUCCAUGGACAACUCCUCCAAGCUGCUCAAGAGCCGCAUGCGGGCCAAGCAGACCAAGAAGGCGGCCAUGGCCGCCGGGCUGGUGGGCAGCGGCGGGGCGGGCGGAGACGGGGGCGACGGGAGCGAAGGCGGCGCCAACAGCCCUGGCGGAGUCUCGCCGUUCCCCAAGUGGGGCGUGAGCCGUAACAGCCCCUCGUCGCGCGGCAGCCUCGACGACUCGGACAUGUGGACCAGCUUCCGCCCACGUACCAGCUCCAACGCCAGCACGCUGAGCGGGAAGCUCUCGCCCAUCGCGCCCGCCCAGGAGGAGGACGACGAGCUACUGUCGGAGGACGGAGGGGGCAGCGGGAGUCUGCUAGGCGGUUACCCCCCAACGCUCACCGAGACCCUCAUGGAGGAGCUGGAUCUGAUCGACGGGUUGACGCUCAUGACGGGCGGUCACCAGCAGGGCGGCGCCAGUCCCAGCACGGCCCCGCCGGCACCACCCACCCCGCUGCCCUCUGCCUCCACACUGCUGCCCCGGGGCACGGGCGGCGUGGGAGGAGUGGGGGUCGGGGGGUUCCCCUCGUUUGGCCGUCUGCAGACGCACUCGUCCCCAACCGGGUCGGUCACUAGCAAGCCAGUGCAGAGCCCGCCGCAGUCUCAGAGUGGCGGCGGUGUGAACCAGGGCGGCGCCGGCUCCAAACAGAGCCCUUCCAGCUACGGCAACUCCCUCUUCAACCCUCUCCCGGGCCCCGGCUCUCACGGCGGCGGCGGUAGCGGCGGUUCAUCUCACUUCAGCCCCCGCGUGCCCUCCAGUCUGGAAGCCCUGCUCACCUCUGACUCGCCCCCGCCCAGCGAGGUGAUGAUGUCCCAGGUAGACCCCCUCAUGCCCAGCCAGGGCGGCCCGGGCGGCCCCGGAGGACUCCUGGGUCUCGGUGGCGGUGGUGGUGGAGGUGUCGGUAGCAUCGGAGGAGGGGGUCUGGUGGGUAACCAGGCCAAGCAGGGUGGGCUGAUGAUGGGCAAAGCGGGCCUGGGAGGACUGGGCCUCCCGCCUCAGCCUCAGCACCAGCACCAGCAUCAGCAUCCGCACCACAACCAGCACCAGUCUCAUCAGCACCACCAGCAGCACCAGUCUCACCAGCAGCAGCAGCAGCAGCAGGCCCAGCAACAGCACUCCCAGCUGGGCCUGAGCAUGCUCCUCUCCAGCAUGGCCAACCAAGACCCCAGCCAGCUGGGCUUGGGGUCCAUGAAGAGCCAGCAGCACCACCUGGGGGGAGUCGGCAGUGGCCUCCUCCAGGGCCAAGGUGUGGGCGGGGGGCUGCUGGGCGGAACUGGGCUCCCCUCCAUGGGCAUGGGCGGUAACCAGCAGGGCAUGGGUCAGUUCGGUCCAAUUGGCAGCGGCUCCACCAACACGCAGGGCUUCUUCAUGCCCGGCAGCGUCACCAACACCACGCAGGACCGGCUGCCCACCGACCUGGACAUCGAGAUGUUCACGGAGAACCUGGACUGCGACGUGGACUACAUCAUCAACAGCGACCUCAUGGACGGCGACAUCAUCGACUUCAACUUUGACCCCAUCCUGCCGCCCGGCGGGCAAGGGGGCUACCCGGGGCCGCCCGCCACCACCACCCAGAGCUCCUCGCACAAGUGGGUGCCCAGCUAACUUCGCACCCGUCUGGCAGAAGAGUUGGAGCCGCAAGGGAGCAGGUUAAGCCCUCACCCCCCUCACCACAACACACUUGGUGCAAAGCUUGGACCGUUUUUUUUGCCUCCACAUUUGCCAUUGUACCUCUGACAUACAUACAAACAAACGGACAAAAGCAACAAACAAACUGUCUUUAAGGGGCGACGAUACAAAAUCGUGGACUAAUUUCUUUUUUUACAUAUAUUUUUUGUAGCUGCCGACCUGAUAUAUAUAUACACAUAUAUAUUUUUGGAAGACAAACAAAACAAAACAAAA